GAAAUAAGGCAUAAAGUAAUUAAAUAACUUGCAGCAAGCACACAGCAGUUUGAAGCCAAAACCCUGCUCUCAGUCGUUCUGUUACAGUAGCAGUUAAACUGCACCAGCAUGUGCUCCUUAGAUCAGAGAUGUCCCAGGGAUGUAUCAUCUUAGUCACGACACCUUUCACUCAGUUACAGUGAGUUGCUCAAAUAUAAAUCAAAUUUAUAUUUCCUAACUACAUACCAACUGCUUGAGAGAGGCCAGCAUUAAAUUGAAUGUGAAAGAAUUCAGAAAAUCAGAUAAUCCCCUAUCUGAUUUCACAAGGUGAUUAAUUUUAUCAAUGAUUUAAUUAUUUUAUAGAGGAAAAUUAUAGCAAAAGAAAUGGACAUUGCUAUCCCUAACUUGCAACCACUGAGGCUAUAUUGUGUCAAAGCCAGGUGGCACCUUCUGGAGGACGAGAGGAAUAAAACCAGUGCUUUCAGUGCUGCAGUAUGUGAGCAAACGAAGCCAGGAACUUUUUCUACCAUGUGGAUAGUAAUUGGAAUUUUGCCCCUACUGGUCAUAGUCAUCUGUGUUAUGAAAAUCCUUCAGAGGUGUCUCAACUAUGUGUUUUUCCCGGCACUUAAACUUCCUUGCAGUAUCGAUGAGAAUUUCUCUGAACAUUCAUUUGGAAAUCUUCUACUUUCUACUUCUGAGGAACAAACAGAAAAAUGUUUCAUAAUUGAAAACACACAAAGUGUUAUCAUAGCAGAGCAAACUAAUGAAAUUGAUGAAGACUGCAAGAAGUACGAUCCCCAGACCAGUCAAGAUUCAGGAAACUAUUCUUAUGAAGGUGAAACUCUGGAAAGUCAAAUAAGUGAAGAGCUUCUGCAGCAGAAAGUCCUAUCUCCAGGAAUGAUCUCCUGAGUCCUCCGUUGCCCCAGGAGUUUGUCCUAGCACUGAGCUCUCAGGGCCUGCACAGAGGCUGUUCGCUUGUGGGGAAGGAAGACAAGCUUCAGAUCAAGGUCUUGACCAUACAGGCAAGCAUCAAAAUAUAGUGAGAGGGUCUGGAGCCAAGUGUGCUGCCUUCGUCUGGGCUGUCUGAUGAGUUAGCUCUGAGCAUGGCCACCGUCUUCCCAGGGCUUCCGUACCACUGUGCUGCAUUCUGUGGCUACAGAGAAUGUAUGGCUACCUCAGGUAAUUCUGCCAUACUGCUGCUGGCUUCCUUUGUUCUCCAUUUCGGAGACUGUAGGAGAUAUUUAGGUCAUUUGAGGUAGGCCUUUGUGAUAUUUACGUAGAAAAAUCUGAAUGCCGUUAUCAACUUGAUUUUCUGCAAAGUAACCACAGAUGCCAGGAAAAUGAUGAUUAAAAGUAUUGUGAGAACAUUGGCUUCUGUAACACAGAUACCUGUCCUUACAUUCAGAUUUCCUAAUUCAUAACCUACUAGAACAAUAGCUUCUGAUUAGGAUUUUGAGUCACUGAAGUCCUAGAGAGCAGUUACUAAUUUUAAGAGAAGCCAUUGUUCUGUUUUUUAUCUCAAGAGUAUGUACUGAUUAGGUACAGUAUACAUAGGAAAUAGUCUUAGGACCAGAAAAUACCCAUUUUAAAAAAGAGAAGUAGACUCAUAAGGAAGACAAGUGAAUUUGAUGAAAAAGUAAGAAUAAUGUGUACAAUCUUUUUAGCCCAUUGUGUUUUUAUGGCUUAGCUGUGUCACUUUAAAACCAGACUACCAGGCGUGGUGGUGCAUGCCUGUAAUCCCAGCACUCAGGAGGCUGAGGCAAGAGGAUUGCCAAGA